AACCGGUGGGAAUAAAUAUUAUGCAAUGCAAGAUACCAACGUCGAAAUAAUUUUUUUUCUGUCAUCUUCUGCAAUAAUUGAAACUUCCCCAAAGUCAAUUAUACAUAUCGUCGGCGCAUCAUCGGAGUAAUCGCAUCUGAAUAUCCAUUUGAUACGAAAAUCAUCACAAAAAACGGUAGCCUCAAUGUUUUCUCCACGUCAGAUCGCCGUUACCCUCGCUUUUCCUCUCUUAAUCCUCUUCCUUACAACUCUACCGCCGUUAGUCACCGCCGCUGCAGCUACCGGCGACGCCGACGCCGUAAACGGUGGCACUUCCCUCACUGCUUACGACUUACUCGUAAGCUACGGCUUCCCCGUCGGAAUUCUUCCACAGGGUGCUAUUGGGUACGAUCUCGAUAAGGACACCGGAAAAUUCAGUGUACAUCUUAGUGGGUCUUGCAGUUUCGCAUUAGAAGGGUCUUAUCAGCUUAGGUAUCAAUCGAGAUUCGGUGGGUACAUAGCUAAAAAUAGGCUGUCAAGCCUACAUGGGGUUAGUGUAAAAAUUCUGUUUCUGUGGCUGAAUAUUGUGGAGGUUGUUAAGAAUGGUGACAAUCUUGAGUUCUCUGUUGGAAUUGCUUCGGCUAGCUUUCCCACUUACAAUUUCUUGGUUUGUCCACAAUGUGGAUGUGGAUUGAAUUGCAAUAGCAAUGGACAUAUUCUAAAGAUUCGAAACAGUAACCUUGUCUCUUCUGUUUAGCUGCACACAGAAGGAUGAUGGAGCCUGAGUUUACUGAAAGAGAUACUUGCAACUCAUGGAAAAGAUCAGGUGACAUGGUUGCAGUGUACAGAAAGCCUGAAAUGGUCAUUCUCCUCCUUCCUCCUCAUCAUAGUUGCAAUACAAAAAGUCGAAAACUCAUGUGUUCAUUUACAUUAUCGUUAUGUUAUCUACAAUUUCGUCUUUGCUCUGUCAUGGAUACAAAAUAUUCUUGAAAUUGCUGUUUAUAACGAGAUUCUUUUCCAUCACGCGUAUUGCAUUAAGCUCUCUAUAGCUUGUACUCGGAAAUCUGUUAAAUCAGAAGCCAAAAUGUGAAACAAAAAGAAUUGAGAAGCUAAGGAACAGAUGAUGACAUGCACUACAGUUCUCAUAUAAAUAUGCAAUGCAUCACCUAUAUUUAUGACUUUUUGUGAAGAAUUUGUGCAUCUCAUGGUUCACAUUUCAUUAUUUUACUUUCAUGCUCUGAUCGUUGUAUUUGACGUUGUGAUUCGACCUUUUAACCCCCUCUUUGGGAGCUCCUACCUUUGUUGUAUUUGACGUAGUGAUUUGACUUUU